AUGACCAUCACCAACUUGGGUGGGGGGCCAUACGGCGAUGUUUUCGACAUUGAUUACAUGACCUGGGGGACAACUAUCAAAGAUGGCUCGAUGCAGCUAAUUGUCGACGACUGGACGUGGUUCAAUUCAAGUCCUACCUCCCUAACCCAUCGUCCUGGACUAUUGGCGAAAAAGACGGCGAGGCGUACAACAAUACGCUGUCAUCGACCCGAAAUCAUGGGGCUAGUGUAUCCCUCGUUCUGUCAACUGCCGACGCAGUCGCCGUAUAUGGACAACUUGGCCCUGGUCAUGGACCUUACACAUCCAAAUGGGACAGCAAUUGCUUUGUUCCAACCCACAUCAUCUAGGGACCCCUCUGUCUUUACGGACUCUUCACCCAAUGCCAUGAAGAUAGGAGCUAUCGCAGGUGGCAUUGUCGGGGGUGUGCUUGUCGUUUCGGCUGCUCUCCCUGUAGUGGUGCUCUACUACCGACACAGGCACGUUCUUUCCACCGAUUUGCAGCUCUUUGUCUUCUGGUGA